AUAAUCUAGUUUUAAGUAAAUAACAAGAUGGCAGCCCUCCUGCGAAACCCUAGAAUGAAAGUGAUAUCAACAAGUACCCGAAAAGUCAAUACAUUUAUUACACUGAACACAAUAAAUCAACUCGAGGGACGAACUGCUUCAAGCAUGUGCCAUGCACAUCCAUUUCUACGCUCGUAUUUAAGUAAAAGUGGUAUGUUUUCGAAAUGUUCUCUCGGUCGUGCGUUGCAUCAGCCGUCUCGGACUCGCCUGGAACAUAACUGCAGAAACGUUUUUAAAUUUAACUCAAUCUCCACACGUUCAUUACACAACCCUGGAGAUGUUUUUGUAAAUUCUCACCAGACAACUAUGUCAAAUAGACUUGUAUCAAAAUUUUCUUCAAAUUUUUUGCAUAAACAUUUGAGAUCCCUUUCUCAUUUUCAAUCAUCCACUGCCUCUUUGCCUCUUUUGUCAACAAAUAACUCAAAAUAUUGCAUUUCAAGACCAUUUACCACCUCAUCUGCUAAUUUGCAAAAGAAAAAUGAUGAUGAUGGUGAAGAAUCCAAAAAAAAUGAAACAGAUGAAACAACUGAAGAACCACCUGAAAUAGUCAGCGGUUUUCCACCUAUUGCUGCUUUAACUACGAUGUCAGUACCAGAAUUUCUUCCUGUUGUUCCUGUCAUAGCAAUUAGCAGAAACCCAGUAUUCCCUCGAUUUGUAAAAAUGAUUGAGGUUACCCAUCCAGAUUUAAUGGAACUGAUCAGAAGAAAAGUUAAAUUCAAUUUACCUUAUGCUGGUGUGUUUCUAAAAAAAGAUGAAUCAAAUGAAUCUGAUGUUGUUGACCGAUUGGAUGAUGUGUAUAAGGUUGGAACCUUUGUCCACAUAACUGAAAUGCAUGAUCUUGGUGACCGUUUGCGCAUGAUUGUAAUGGCUCACAGACGAAUCAACAUAGUUGGCUUGGGUGUUGAAAAUGAGGCAGAUUUACUACCAGAUCAGACCCGUGACAAGGUAAAAAGAAAAAGAAGACGAAAUGGCAAAAAGGAAUCUGAUGUUGAUAAAAAAGAUGAUGCUCCAGAAAUUUCAUCUAGUACAGGAUCAUCUCUUCUGGGAAACCUUUUUGGCAGUGAUAAAGAAUCUUCAACAGAAAGCCCAAGACAGGUUCCCAAGACACCCUCCCAUGUGCUGCUUGUUAAGACAGAGAACAUCACUCAUGAGCCAUAUGAAAGCAAUGAUGAAAUUAAGGCAUUGACCUCAGAAGUUGUAAAAACAAUAAGAGAUAUAAUUGCAAUGAAUCCAUUGUAUAGAGAAAAUCUUGCCCAGAUCAUUCAGGCUGGCCAGAGGGUGAUUGAUAACCCAGUUUACAUCAGUGAUUUAGGUGCUGCUUUAACUGCUGGGGAACCUCGAGAGUUGCAGGAAGUGUUGGAAGAAAGAAAUAUUGCAAAGAGACUGAUGCUGGCUCUGUCAUUGUUGAAAAAAGAAUUUGAACUAAGCAAGUUGCAGCAGAGAAUUGGUAAAGAAGUUGAAGAAAAGGUAAAAAAACAGCACAGAGAAUACAUCCUCAGAGAACAGCUGAGAAUCAUCAAGAAAGAGCUGGGUCUUGAGAAAGAUGAUAAGGAUGCUAUUGAAGAGAAAUUCCGUUCUCGGCUUAAGGAUUUGGUUGUACCAGCACAUAUCAAAGAAGUGAUUGAUGAAGAGCUUAGUAAACUUUCAUUUCUUGAUAAUCAUUCUUCUGAAUUCAAUGUCACUCGAAACUACUUGGAUUGGUUAACUGGGCUGCCUUGGGGAAAGUACAGUGAGGAAACACUGAAUCUGGAGAACGCACAAAAGAUUUUAGAUGAGGAUCACUAUGGCAUGGAAGAUGUGAAGAAAAGAAUCCUGGAGUUUAUUGCGGUCAGCCAACUGAAAGGUCACACGCAGGGGAAGAUACUGUGUUUCUAUGGUCCGCCAGGAGUGGGUAAAACAAGUAUUGCCAAGUCCAUAGCCAGGGCGCUGAACAGGAAGUAUUUUAGAUUUAGUGUGGGAGGUAUGACAGAUGUAGCUGAAAUAAAAGGCCACAGACGAACCUAUGUUGGUGCCAUGCCAGGCAAAAUGAUCCAGUGUUUAAAGAAGACAAAGACAGAAAACCCACUUGUACUAAUUGAUGAAGUGGAUAAGAUUGGGCGGGGCUACCAGGGAGAUCCAUCAUCCGCUCUACUUGAACUGCUGGACCCAGAACAGAACCAUAAUUUUUUGGACCAUUAUCUUGAUGUAACAGUCGACCUCAGCAAGGUACUUUUUAUCUGCACAGCUAAUGUGAUAGAGACCAUCCCAGAGCCUUUGAGGGACAGAAUGGAAAUGAUUGAUGUAUCUGGCUACGUAGCUGAAGAAAAGAUGAAUAUAGCUAAUCAAUAUUUAGUACCACAAGCAAUAGAGAAUACAGGAAUAGAUAAGAACAAGAUGCAGAUUACAAAUGAGGCAAUGAGUGCACUCAUUAAGUCUUAUUGCAGAGAAAGUGGAGUAAGAAAUCUUCAAAAACAUAUUGAAAAGAUCUACAGAAAAGCAGCAUUGAAGGUGGUGAAAGAAAAAGUUGAAAGCAUAUUGGUUGACCAAAACAAUCUUCACGAGUAUGUCGGCAAACCUUUGUUCACACAUGAUCGCAUGUAUGAUGUAACUCCUCCAGGUGUGGUUACUGGGCUGGCCUGGACUGCUAUGGGCGGUUCAACAUUAUUUAUUGAAACUGCCAUCAAGAAACCUCUACAGAACCUGAGCAGUGGCGCCACUCCUGAGACUGGCUCUCUAGAACUGACUGGAAGUCUGGGCAAUGUGAUGAAAGAAAGUGCACAUUUAGCUUACACAUUUGCUAAAGCUUUUACUUGUUCAAAGUAUCCUGAGAAUGACUUUAUGCAGAGAGCCAGUAUACACUUGCAUGUACCAGAGGGUGCCACCCCCAAGGAUGGACCAAGUGCUGGGUGCACAAUUGUAACAGCACUUCUGUCACUGAUGCUAAACAAACCUGUGAGACAAAACCUGGCCAUGACAGGCGAGGUUUCCCUGACAGGCAAGGUUUUACCUGUUGGAGGAAUCAAGGAAAAAAUUAUUGCUGCCAAAAGAACAGGGGUGACUACUGUUAUUUUACCUGCUGAAAACAAGAAAGAUUACUCUGACCUGCCCACAUUUAUCACAGAUGGUAUUGAGGUCCAUUUUGUUGAGAACUAUGAGGAAGUGUUUAAAUUAGCCUUCUAAGAGCCCCUGCCUUUGUUUAUAUAAAAACUAUACCACAUGGACACCAGACAUGUUUGUGUAAUAAUUGUUGAAGCCAGUCACCUGUGUACAGAUUCUUGUUUGUUAAACAAAAACUAGAUUAAACUUUUUAACUAUCUACUGAUGUAUUUUAUUUUAUUUUACUGUAAUUGUAUAGUAAAUAAUCAGUGCAUACAGAAGAAAAGAUUAAAUUGUUCCAAACUGGAAAAGAUAUUUUACUACCCAUUCGAUUAGAUAAAAAUCACUAACCAUCUCUCUUUAUUUCUAUUGUAAAGUUGGUCGUAAUUGUUAGCUAUUACACCAUAGUGUUCUGUUGUUUUUUUUUUUGGAUUUCCCAGAGGUUUCUAUACUUUUUAUAUUGUUUGUUAUUUCAAAUAUAAAUUAUGACAGUUUUACUAGCCCAGAAAAUUGUGUGUGUAAGGAAUUUUUGUGUGAGUCUGUUACAUAUUUGUCAAUAAAGAUUUUUUUUGUUCUCGCA